AUGGAAACUCAUGCUAUAUUGAAACUUGAAAAAUUAUUAGUGAGUAGGGGAUGGUUGCACCCAUCUAAAGAAAUGACAUCAUUGGAGGCACUUGCUAUGUUUCUUUGGAGUUGUGCACAUAGUGAAACUAAUCGAAAUAUUCAAAAUAAAUUUGGAAAGUCGGGAGAGACCGUAAGUAGGAAGUUUACUGAAGUUCUAGAAAGUUUAUGUUUACUAGCAAAAGAAAUUGUGAAGCCUCCAGAUUUUAACUUUGUAGAAAUUCCCUCCAAAAUCAAGGAUGAUCGAAGGUAUUGGCCAUACUUUGAAGGAUGCAUCGGUGCUAUAGAUGGAACACAUAUUCCUGCAAUUGUUCCCACUAAAGAUCAAAUUCCCUAUAUUGGAAGAAAGGGAUAUCCAACACAGAACGUCAUGUUAGUGUGUAACUUUGAUAUGUUAAUCACUUUUGUUGUUGUUGGAUGGCCUGGUACUGCACAUGACACUCGUAUUCUUUCGUCUGUUAUUGAAAAAAUGAAAAGUGUUUUCCCUCAUCCUCCUGAAGGAAAAUACUAUUUAGUUGAUGCUGGAAAUCCAAACAUGAAAGGAUAUUUAUCACCAUAUAAAGGUGAAAGAUAUCAUAUUCCUGAUUUUAGAGAUGGAAGUCCAGCAGAAGGCAUACGUGAAGUAUUCAAUCAUGCACAUUCUUCAUUGAGAAAUGUCAUUGAAAGAACAAUUGGCGUUUGGAAGAAGAGGUGGCAUAUUUUAUGUGAUAUGAGACCAUUUCCACUAAUCAAACAACAAAAGAUCAUAGUUGCAACAACAGCGCUCCAUAACUUCAUUCGAAUAUGUGGUGUUGAAGAUGUGGAAUUUAACAAGUGUGAUCAAAACCGUGGGUAUAUACCGGAGCGUGAAGAAGAAAGAAAUACUAAUGAAGAUAUGAGUUCACACAAUCUUAGAAGAGUACAAGAUGGGAGCUAUAUGGAUAGAGCUAGAAAUCAAAUAGCCACUAGAUUGUUGGAAAACAAAAUCGUUUAA